UCUGUGAUCAGAGAUGGCGGGCGCCUCCGACCCGCUGGAAGAGAUGCUCUUUUCCGAGGUGGACGAGAAGGCGGUGAGCGACCUGGUGGGCUCGCUGGAGUCGCAGCUCACCGGCCACACGAAGCCCGCGGCCGAGAGGGACCAGAGCCGAGGCGCUGGCUCCGAGACCCCCGCGAACCAUCUCUUAGGAGAACCGCCACCAGCUCCAGCGGGCACCACAACACCGGAGCAACAACAACAAGGACGGCGUGAUAAACCCGAGGUGCUCCCGGAGAUCAACUCCAAAGACCCGGGUCCGGAUACGAGUGUCCCGGCCGUUUCUCCGGGCUGCUCCCCGUCGGUCCGCGGGUCCUCCACCGCCGACCCAGCGGGCAGCAGUGCCCCUCGAUCCCAUGGAGCAUCCAUCACAACACUGACGGCUCCUGGCGUGUCAACUUCGGCGUCUCCGCCCGCCAGCAUCAGCACCACCACCACCACCACCACCUCCCCGGCCACCACCCCCGGCUCCACGGGCUCCCCGGGCUCAGGCGAGCCGUCCACGGAAGCCAGCCCGCCGAGGAAGCGCUUCAGCACGCCGCGGAGGAGCGCCGCGGCUCGGAUCAAGAGUUUCAACGGCGCCGCUGUGACGACGAGGCGGAGCAGCAACCCGGGGGGUGGAGACACCGUCAGCCCGGUGGAUUCAAGUCCACCGAACCCCUCCACCCGGCCGCUGACAGCCGCGAUCAACACCUCCACUUUCACGGUGUCCAACGCCAGCAUGCCCGAGGGUCGCACCGCUAUAGCCCUGGACCGGGGGACGCCCACCAUCGCCCUGCACAGACUCCCCAGUCACAUCGUGGCCAGCAUCUCCCAGAACGGAAACGGGACCAGUGUCUCUGCCCUGGUCCAGCAGGACAGCCGUGUAGGAGCCGUCCCCAGCCCGGCUGCACAGGAGAACCACUGCAAACCCAUCCCAGACCCUGGGGCUUCCAAAGCAGACGAGUGUCAGUCCAAAAUUGUAAUGUCAAGCCAGCCUGUGAGUGUGAACUCUGUAACAAACUCCGUUCCCUCUGCACCUGCUGUUGUCACGCCAACAGCAACAACAACAACAACAACAACCACCUCCACCACCACAGCAGCAGAUACAACCACCACCACAGGGACCCAGGGGCCUCUGAGCUCUGCCACAGCCCCUGCUUGUGUCACAGGGGUGGCCACCAGUUCUGCAUGUGGCACUGGUCAGACUCCACCAGUGACCACCCCCACCACAGUUUGCAUGGUUAGACCCACUGCCCCCUCGCCUGCACCUGCACCUGCUGUGGCCCCCACAACACAGUGUCAACCCCGUCCUGGACUCACAGCGCCCCAGAGGAUUGUAGCCCCCCAGCUGAUUGUCAGACCACCUCAGCAGCAGACGACCAUUCAGCUGCCCCCCGGGUUUACCAUCCCACCGGGAAUGGUGUUGGUGCGCACAGAGCUGGGCCAGCUGGUCAUGGUUCCUCAGCAGGCUUUGGCUCAAGCUCAGGCUCAAGCUCAGGCCCAGGCCCAGAACAACAUCUCUCCUCGACCUGCGACCCCCACCACGGGAGCAUCCUUCAGAGUCACGACUCCACAGUCUCCUGUGACCUCUCAGACCGCCAGGCAGUGUCCUGUGACCGUGACCAAGGUGGCACCAUCUCCCUCUCCCACUCCCUCCAGCCCUGCCUUACAGACCUCCUCCUCUUCCUCUUCUUCCUCCCCUUGUCCUGCGCUCCGCCCAAAGGCCCCCUUGGCACCGGCCAAUGCUGUGACGGCUCCGCAGCGGACCCCCGUGGUUAUGGCCCCCCAGGCCCCGGCCCAGGCUGCCUCUCAGCCAGUGCAGCCUCCGCAGACGGGCAUCGCAGCACCCCCCGGAGCUUCUCUCUUGUCCCAGGAAAUGCAAGAGAACGUAAAGAAGUGUAAGAAUUUCCUGGCCACACUAAUCAAACUGGCAUCUCACAACUCUCCGUCCCCUGCGACUUCCAAGAACGUCAAGUCCCUGGUUCAGGACCUGCUGGACGCUAAGAUUGAACCAGAAGAAUUCACCAGCAGGCUGCAGACAGAGCUCAAGUCGUCUCCGCAGCCGUACCUGGUGCCAUUUCUAAAGAAGAGCCUCCCGGCCUUGAGGCUGUCUUUGCUGAGUAGUCAGCAGACCCCGACCCAGCCCUUGCAGCAGGGAGUCAAACCAGCACCCUGUGGGGUCCCCCCUGCCAUUGUGAGUGGGCCAGCUGUCCGCAUACGCCACCCCAACAGCGUCAGCACCACCACGGGUGCCAGCGCGCUGCCCGCCGGGACCCUCGGACAUGCAGCUGCCAUGGGAAUCAAGACAGCGGGCGCUGUCGGUGGCCAGGUGCGGAUGCCUGUGGUGAUCACACAGUCUGUCAGAGCACAAGGCACAAUGGGGAAGGGAGUCGUCAUCCAAGCAGGGAGAAGUCCCAUGGGCUUGGCCGCUCAGAUCUCUGGGAAUCAGAAAAACAGGCUCAACGACCCCGGAGGAGGCUCUUUCAGGGAUGAUGAUGACAUCAAUGACGUGGCGUCCAUGGCCGGGGUGAACCUCAACGAGGAGAGCGCUCGAAUACUCGCCACCAACUCAGAGUUAGUGGGAACUCACAUCCGCUCAUGUAAAGACGAAGCCUUUCUGCACCCGGGACUGCUGCACCGACGAAUACUGGAAACAGCCAAGAAGUUCGGAGUCACAGAGGUUCCCAUGGAGGCAGUGACAUUCAUCUCGCACGCCACACAGUCACGACUUCGCACCGUGGUAGAAAAGGUUUCAACGAUCGCACAGCACCGACUGGACUCUUGUAAGGAUGAGUGCUACGAGCAGGCUGCAGACGUUCGCUCUCAGCUCCGCUUCUUCGAGCAGCUGGAGAGAAUCGAGAAGCAGAGGAAGGACGAGCAGGAAAGAGAGAUCCUGUUGAAAGCCGCUAAAAGUCGCUCCAGGCAAGAGGACCCAGAGCAAGCUCGACUGAAACAGAAAGCUAAAGAGAUGCAACAACAGGAGCUGGCGCAGGUGAGGCAGCGAGAGGCCAACCUUACAGCACUAGCUGCCAUCGGACCCCGCAAAAAACGUAAAGUGGAUUCACCUGGAGCCACGCCAUCAGGGACCGAGGUUUCAGGCAGCUCGGCGGGGUCCCCGGCCAGCUCCUCCGUCCCGUCCACCUCAUCACGUCAACGGCAACGCAUCACCCGCGUCAACCUCAGGGACUUAAUUUUCUACAUGGAGCAGGAGAGAGAGACCGCCCACUCCCUCCUCCUUUACCGGGCUCUGCUCAAGUAGCCUCUGCUCCGCUCAGCACCCACCUCAACCUCCUCCUCCUCCUCCUUCCCAGCCACGUGCCUUCAGAUCAGGUCUAAUGUUACAGCUCUGUGUCUCCAUGUGUACUGUAGUGUUGUUUGAUGUAGCGUUUAAUAAGAAAGAAGAGAGAGAAACAAAAAAAAAAACAAACAAAAAUAAAACAGUUGUUCUGUGUCUUCUCUGUUUAGCCUCACGGUGUGUAGUUUGAUCAUUCAGUUUUAAGACCCUGUUUAAAUUGUGUGUGUUGAAGGAUUUGUUAGAGGAACAAUGUUUUUGUGUCGCAGGACUAGACACAGAACAUAUUCCACGUAUGUUGGGUAUUUAUUUGACGUCACUGGCGGUAGCUUCAAUGAUCCACCUCAAAGGAAGGAUUAUUUCGAAGGAGAGAAGAAAAUAACAGUAUGUUAGCACCUCGAUACAGCCUACGAUAUUCUCCACGAGCUAUUUGUUGAACGUAUGUUGUUCAAUGAAUGUAGUUUAGCUGAAAUCAAUAAAUGAGCCUUUUCCAGAUUUCCUGCACGGAGAGAUCAUUUUUCAAACAUUAAGAUUCCAAAUAACAGCAUCGCGAUCAAGUUCUUUACGUGUAAAUAGUUCUUUUUGAAUUAUUUUACGGCAUGUAUAAUUUUAACACAUAGAAAGAAAAAGGAAUAACCCAUGUGGCAGUAGUAGAAAAAUCUGAUGUUUCGUAAAACCAUGUGCUUUGAUUGACUCACAUUUAGAAAUUUCACUCAGUUCCCCUGUUGUGUAUUUGCUAUAGACGCAAAAGUCAUUAAACAAAGCCACAGUCUGCACUAUGACACCUGUUUGAGAAGGUGUGUUUUGGUUCUGAGAGGUUAAAAUUGCAGUUGUUGUUGUGAAACAUUUAUUUAUCAUUCCCUCUCGUUCUUUCUGCACAUUAAUGCUGUUUGAAAAAAGACUUGAGUCAUUCUCACGGCGAGAAUUCAGGCCAUAUUGAAAAAAAAACUAAAUUUGUAGAUAUGGAAAAUAAUGUCGCAGGAGAAUAAUGUUGUAAUCGAGAAUAAAGUCGUAAUAUAAAAAGAAGGAAGAAAAUAGAGGCAACUUCCUCAAACACCAUAUGUUGUUUUCUUUGGAGUAGACAGUUUAUUUUUCAGUUGUAUUAAAGUCCUGAUACCUAUGAUAAUGUGGUGCUGAUGAGCCAAAAGAAAUGUGCUAUUUUGUUAUUUGUGAAACUAAUGUGUAACUUAACAAAAUGCUGUCCUCAUUUUAAAGCAGGUAACGGGCAUAUCUUCUGAUAUUUCCCCUGUAAAAUGUCACGUAGCCUAAAAUAAUGACUUUAUUCUUGUAAUAUUACGACUUUAUUCUCAAAAUCUAUUUUUCGAUUAUUUCCCCCUUUAAAUUGCCCUAAUGCUCUGUCAUAGCCCUCUUUAGCGCCCUUCCCCUUUAAUAAUGACUGAAUAUCCAAGCUACAUCAUGAAGAAUUGUAGUGAUCAGCCCAUUACACUAAUUUGUAUUUUGAUUAAAAGUUAAAUAUCACAGUUGUAUAGUAAAGUGUAACUGGAAAAAUGCUGUUGAAUGACUCCAGUCUAAAACUGAUUUAUAUGUUUCCCAUUUCUUUCUCUCUUUGUGUCACUGAUAGAAGAGAGGAGUAAUGCCGGCUUUUUACAUGUUGUCUUGCUUUGUCGCCUUUUUCAUUAUUUUUUGCAAUCCUUAUUGUGUUUAACGUAAUAUUGUCCAGUAUGUUUCUGUUUGUUUCUAUUUAACUAAAAAUCUCGGCCUCUAUGCAGCUUUUCUUGUCAUAAUGAAAUUUAUUUAAAUAUGGUUGACAUUUGGAACAAUUGUUGUGCAAUGUACAAUUUGACAGCACUUUUUUUAUACCUAUUUUAUCUGACAACUGAAAGCUGUCACUGUAUAAUAGCAAAGAAAUGACUAUUGCCAAUUUCUGUCAAAAGACACUUAUUUUUAAACAAUUAAUAUAUGAAUAUUUCUUGGUUUUCUUUUUUUAUUUCUUCUUUUUCGGAAUUGGCUGUUAUUCAUAACACGUUUUCAUAAAUUUGAUCUCCAUUAUACCAUGUUGUAAAAGCAAGCACAACAAGGAUUGUUGAGAUUUGAAAUUAUUUUAAUAAUGUUUUCUGUGGUUUCUAUGGUUUCACAGGAGGACAUUUCUACUACUACUACUACUACAGCUUUUUAGCCAAAAUGUUAGGACAAUAUUACUGAUGUAAUUAGA